AGACACCACCACACACACACACACACACGGACACACACACGGACACACACGCUGCAGGACCGGAGCCAUGGACGGAUUCUCGUGGAAACUUUUCUUACUUUCUUGCCUGCUUGUUUUGGGAUGCAGCUCUGCGCAAGACUUCGGACAGACGCAGUUUAUUUGCACGUCGGUGCCCAAGGAUAUGGACCUGUGCGCCGCCACCAUGCAGAACAGCGGGCCGGCCGAGGACCUGAAGACCACGGUGAUGCAGCUGCGGGAGACCGUGCUCCAGCAGAAGGAGACCAUCAUGAACCAAAGGGAGACAAUCAGGGAACUAACGUCCAAGUUGACGCGCUGCGAGAGCCAGAGCGUCCCGGUGGGGGCGGCGGGGCCCGGGGGGAGGCGGCCCGGGGCCAAGAACACCAUGGGGGACGUUUCCCGGGGCACCACGGACACUCUGGCACAGCUGGGACAGACUUUACAGGCGCUCAAACAGAGACUGGAGAACCUGGAGUACAGCCGGGGCAACAACACGGCGCAGGCCAACAGCCUGAAGGACCUGCUGCAGAACAAGAUCGACGACAUGGAGAAGCAGGUCCUGUCCCGGGUCAACACCAUCGAGGAGACCAAGCCGGCCUCCAGGAACGACACGGAGCAGCGCAACAGAGUGGAGACCACCCUCACCUCGCUGCACCACCGCAUCACCGACCUGGAGAAAGGUAAAGACACUCGGCCCACAGAUAAGUUCCAGCUCACGUUCCCCCUGAGAACCAACUACAUGUACGCCAAAGCCAAGCGGAGCCUCCCUGAGAUGUACUCCUUCUCCGUCUGUCUGUGGAUCAAGUCCAACGCCUCGCCCGGCGUGGGGACGCCCUUCUCCUACGCCGUGCCGGGACAGGCCAACGAGAUGGUGCUGAUCGAGUGGGGCAACAACCCCAUGGAGAUCCUCAUCAACGACAAGGUUGCCAAGCUGCCGUUCCUCAUCAACGAUGGGAAGUGGCAUCACCUGUGCAUCACCUGGACCACCAGGGACGGCAUGUGGGAGGCCUUCCAGGACGGAGUGAUGCGGGGCAGCGGGGAGAACCUGGCUCCAUACCACCCCAUCAAACCAGAGGGGGUCCUGGUGCUGGGGCAGGAGCAGGACACGCUGGGCGGAGGCUUCGAUGCAACACAAGCUUACGUUGGUGAACUAGCGAACUUGAAUAUCUGGAACAGGAAACUUUCUAUCGCUGAGAUCUACAACUUGGCGACCUGCAACAGCAAAGCUCCAGCCGGCAACGUGUUCUCGUGGUCGGAGAGCAGCAUCGAGAUCUUUGGAGGAGCCACCAAAUGGAACUUCGAGCCUUGCCGUUCGCUCAACUGACUGAACUGAAAGAAGAAAGAAAGAAAGAAAGAAAGAAGGAAAGAAAGGAAGGCCUCCCUCUCUGUGUUUCUGAGCUUCUGUCGUUCUCGUCUUCAUUUGACGUUUGUUAGAGACGAUUUGAGUUGUUGGUUCAAAGCUUCAAUCUGGGAUUUCUAUCAUUCUUAGGUAUUUAUGUGCAAAAACACUUUUCAUCUUGAGGAAAAAAAUGUGGGAAUCCUCGGUGAGAAAGUAUCGUAUCUGUUUUUAUCCCUCCGGUUCUUUCUUCUCGACGUUCAGUUGAAAGUUAAAAGCUUUUUCCUUUUGGCUUGUUGGGACUCUGACUGGCAGCUGGAGAUCUGAGCCUCCUUAUGGUCGGACCAUUCACCAUCCAAGAGAGGGAUUACAUCACCGCUCCCCCCCCCUCC